AUGAGCACAGACAGGAGAGGCUGGACCGUAUUUCAAAGACGACAAGAUGGAAGUCAAGAUUUCUACCUUGGAUGGUCAGACUAUAAAGCAGGCUUUGGUGAUAUUAACGGCGAGUUCUGGCUGGGGCUUGAUAAAAUACGUUAUUUGACCAAAUCUGGCCAAAAUGUUUUAAGAGUUGAUUUGAUGGAUUUUAAUGGCACUGAAAUUCACGCUAAAUAUGGGACGUUUAGUGUGGCUGAUGAACCAGACAAAUACAGAUUAAGUAUUGGCAAUUUUUCAGGUGAUGCAGGUGAUUCUCUGGCUGACCACAAUCAUAUGCAGUUCACUACCAGGGAUAGUGACAAUGAUAUAUUUAAGAGUGAUAACUGUGCUGUGAAAAGUAAAGGAGCUUGGUGGUACAACAAAUGUCAUCGUUCCAGCCUCAAUGGCCUGUACCUGGGUGAAGUUAAGAAACAAACAUUCACUAAGGAAGGCAAAAAGCACGUGUGUGAUAUUCGGGAUAGAGACAAGAUCAAUGUUGUGAACUGUCAACUGACCAACAUCAUUGGAAAGAAAGAUCACACCGCAAUGACGGGAGAAGGCGAAUGGAUCUUAAUGCUCGAUGAUAAAGCGGAAAAGAGAAGAAAUGACAUUUUAAACUCAGCCACCAGCUGUGCACACCUGUAUAACAAAGGAGUGAGGAAAGAUGGUGUUUAUACAAUCGAUCCUGAUGGCCUGGGGUCGUUUCAAGUCAGAUGUGAUAUGAGCACAGACGAGGUGGGCUGGACUGUGUUUCAAAGAAGACACGAUGGAAGUCAAGAUUUCUUCCUUGGAUGGUCAGACUAUAAAGCAGGCUUUGGUGAUUUGAGCGGUGCUAAACGUUACGCUAAAUAUGGAACGUUUAGUGUGGCUGAUGAAUCGGACAAAUACAGAUUGAAUAUUGGAAGUUAUUCAGGCGACGCAGGCGAUUCUCUUGCUCUUCACGAUCAAAUGCAGUUCACUACAAAGAAUAAUGACAAUGAUGCUUCGAGUAGUAAUUGUGCUACCGUGUCCAAUGGAGCUUGGUGGUACAAAGGCUGUUAUGAGUCCAACCUCAAUGGCCUGUACCUGGGUGAAGAUAAGGUCAUUCGUAAGCUCAAACUGGAUGAAUGCAUUUAUACCGAAUUGUUGCAAUCAUCUUAG